AUGGCGCACGCAUCGCGCCCCGCCGCCGCUGCCGUGCGGCUCGGCUCGCCUGCCCUCGCGAUUGACCGCCGCGAGGCGAUCGCGGGCGGCGCCGCGGCUCUCGCGGCAACCACGUCUGCGCUCUGUGGAGGGCCGCUCCCGACGUACGCUGCAGACAUGAAGACCGUGGUGGUGGCCGGCGCGACGGGACAGACCGGCCGGCGCUGCCUGCAGCUGCUCACCAAGACUAGCGGCGUGACAGCGGUGGGAGGAGUGCGUGACCCGGCAAAGGCGGCGAAGAAGCUGUCCGAGUCCAAGAUUGAGGUGCGCGGCGCGAUGAUCGAGAAGGGCGCCGCGAUCGACGCGAGUGCGGUGAGCCUCGCGCCGCUCGACGUGGAGAAGGCGAGUGUCGACGACAUGGCGGGCACGCUGAAGGGCGCAGACGGCUUGGUAAUCGCCGUUGGAUUCGUCCCCGGCAACCCCUUCAAGAUGAACGACGCGGCGCACGCUGUGGACAACGUCGGGACGGUGAAGCUGAUCGAUGCGGCCAAGGUGGCGGGCGUGAAGAAGGUGGUGCUCGUCUCGUCGAUCCUCACCGACGCCGGCGCGUGGGGGCAGCUCGACUCGGCCGGCUACAAGAUCACCAACGCCUUUGGCAACGUGCUCGAGGAGAAGCUGGUGGCGGAGCAGUACCUGCGCAAGUCGGGCAUGGACUGGACGAUUGUGCGCCCGGGCGGGCUCAAGGCGGACCCGCCGACGGGCGCGCUCUUCGUCAGCGGCGAGAACACGCUCAACUCGGGCGAGAUCUCGCGCGACCUCGUCGCCGACGUGAGCGUCGCCGCGCUCUUUGACAGCAAGGCGAGCAACAAGGUGGUUGAGAUUGUCGAGAGCGACAAGGACGGCAAUGCGAAGAAUGGCGUCUUCAACGGGCUGAAGAUGUGA